AUGGCCACAGAAGCCUUAAUCAGCUCGCUAUCUGCUCUACAAUUCUCGGAAUGCUAUGCUCUUGUCAAAUACGGGCUAGCUGCCACCGAUCCAGACACCAUGCACAAGACAUUGAAAACUGUCGCAAAGGAAGGCUCUCCAAGGCAUACAAGAGACAUGUGCUACUACCUCUUGAACAAGACUAGUCGCUCUUUUGCUAGAGUCAUUCAAGAACUGGACUCGGAGCUCAGACACCCUGUUUGUAUCUUCUACCUCGUGCUUCGAGGCCUCGAUACUAUCGAAGAUGACAUGACCAUCCCUCUGGAAAAGAAACUGGACGUCCUUGCCAACUUCCACAAAAGUCUAUAUCAACGAGGCUGGAAGUUUACCGAAAAUGGUCCAGACGAAAAGGAUAGAGAAUUGUGUGCUAAAUUCGAUAUUGUCAUUGAAGAGUUCCUCAACAUGAAGGAGGAGUACCAAACAAUCAUUGCUGAUAUCGCAAAACGCAUGGCUGCUGGUAUGGCUGAAUUCAGAUCCGACAAGAAAGUAAUCACUCUAGACGAUUAUAAUCUAUACACUCAUUACGUGGCCGGUCUGGUUGGACUCGGCUUGACGGGCCUCUUUGCUGCUUCUGGACUCGAGUCUCCUUCAUUGGCAAACCAAACCGUCUUGGCAAACCACAUGGGACUCUUCUUACAAAAAGUAAACAUUAUGAAGGACUUUAAAGAAGAUUGGGAUGAAGGAAGAUGGUUUUGGCCACAGGAAAUCUGGAAGGAUUACGUCCCUGCUGGUGGUGACUUGGGUGAAUUCACUCGUCCUGAAAAUCUGGAUCGAGGAUUGGCUUGUUUAAACCACUUGUGUGCUGAUGCUCUGGAUCUGGUGCCUGACUGCUUAGAAUAUCUGUCUCUGCUACAAAAUCAAACUGUUUUUCAAUUUGCUGCCAUUCCCCAGGUGAUGGCCAUUGCUUCUAUUGCUCUCUUCUUCAACAACGCCGUAAUAUUCCAAAGAGCGGGAUUAAAGAUUCGUCGUGGUCUGGCUGUCAAGUUGAUUUUGGGCUGUAACUCAUUCGACUCUGUCAAGGAUAUUUACCGAGGCUACAUCAAAGAUCUCACUCUCGCGAAUGAUAUCCGUGUCGGAAGCAAUCCUUACGACAAGUCAUUCCUACGUGUUGGACAAGCUCUGUCCAAGGCUACACAAUGGCUUCAGCGUCAUGACUUGGCUUAUGCUUCCAAAUCUGUUUCCAAGACAUCGUCCUCAUGGGCAGACAUGUUCUUGACGAUAUUGGUUUUGGUUGUUGCUGUCUUGCUUGCAUUCUCUUUUAUCCCUCGCGCUCAAUAA